AUGAAAUCCACGGAGAGGCAUGGCAUCGAUAUGUCGGUGCCUGGUCAGGUCCCACUUCCUGCGGAGGAGUUGCACAACGCCAGCCAGAGCCAGGAGGCGCACUCCACGCCCAGGCUGCUGGAAAGUGAGCUUUCUCCUUCCGAACAUGCCCUUGUCCACAGGACGGGAGCGCAGGCCACUGAGGACAGCCGCAAUAGUCGGCAGGAGACUUCUCAGACACAGGCACCGCCGAAUUCCCCAUCAUCGCCGAAGUCGCCCAGAAUGGAUAAAGUGGAUUCCAACGUUUGGGGGACCGCAAGGCCGCCACUGAUGAAGGACAAGCCGCCGGGUUUGACGUUGGGCCAGUCAGGCGUCAGAGGCAACAGCGACGAUUCGAGAGAGCUGGACAUGGUGCUGUCAUCAGAGCUGGGUCCACUGAAUGGCUGGGAAUACGAUGUUCGGUGGUUAUGCCGAACUCUUUGCCGAGACUGGCGCUUCCAAACUCUCACCACGAUCUUGACUGUGUCGGCCCUGCUCGGCGACGACGCGCGGCUUUUGCUCACCAGCAAAGAGGCGGACAACUUCUUCAAUGUUCUCAUCGUCAUGGCCUUCAUCGUCUUUGCGGUGGAGAUUGUCGCCGCCUCUCUGGGCAUCCGCGGCUACUUCAACAGCUUCUUCUUCUACCUGGACUUCAUAGCGACUGCCACCAUGUUGCUGGAUCUCACCUGGUUCGGGGAGACGCUCUACUGCAAGGAUCACGCGGAUCUCAGUCGCCCCGUGGCCCAGACCAGCUUCGAGGGCCUCCUGGCGAGUCUCACAGACACGCGGGCCAGCCGCACGGUGCGGAUCCUGCGUCUGGUUCGCCUUGGCAAGCUUUACAAGUUCUAUCAGCGCAGUGCAGACCCGCGGGCGGAGCCCAUGUCUGCUAUACCAGCGUCUCCAGGAAGUCCACUGGCAUGUGAUUCACCACAGGAUUGGGAUCUCAACAGCGACCCUGGAAAAGAUGACAAGGCACAGGAAGAAACGGGCACACGAGUUGGCAAGAAGCUCUCCGACAUGACCUCCCGCCGGGUCAUCGUCCUUGUGUUGGUGAUGCUUUUCUGCUCCUUCUUCUUCACUGCGGAGAGCUGGGGCAAUGAGUUUAUGCUUUCUGGAGAGUUGGGGGCAGGUCUGGUUUACGAGCGGUUUCGAUCGUGGUGCUCUACUUCUGACGCUGGCUUUCCCUGGUGCCUUCGCGCAGUCUCGCCCGAGAGUGCCGAAAGGCGGGAAGAGAGGGCGUGGUACGAGCAGUACAUGCUGACAUUUAUCCGCAGUCACUUAAGUGGACCGUUUUCAUGGCGCCUGUAUUGGGUUGGCCUUGGGUCUGACAACAUGGUCCGGUACAACGAUAGCUCAGAAGAGUUCCUGGGUACCUUGGCGCAGCUCAAUCAAGCUCGGUGGCUUGGUGCCACUUUGCCCAAGGACGAGCUGUGGAAAUGGGACCGUCAGUACGCUGGUCCAGAGCCCAUCCCAGCAGAGGUGAAGCGGAGGCUGGCAGAACCCUGGAGGGAGCAGUGCAUGGGCUUUGUGGGGGUCCCGCUGUCCCUGGACAGCGAUACUCACGGACUGUCCGUGGCCUGUUCGGUCACAGACCAGCUGCGCUGCAACGAGGUCCACUAUGAGAUACCGAUGCUGACCACCGCAGUGGAAGCAAGCAACGUCAAUAUGCUUUUUGUCUUCGACACCCGGCCUCUGGUUCAAGCAGCAGCCGGUCUCAGCAUGUUGCAGACCUUCUUCAUUUGCGCGGCCUUGGCCGUGGGGGCACUCUCCUUCGCCAAAGACGCCAACCGGUUUUUGUUGGGCCCAUUGGAGCGCAUCCUCGUGAAACUGGAGGCCAUCAGAAAGAACCCUUUGCACGCCAUGAAGCUUGGUGACAUUGAGUACAGGGAACAAGAACAAGAAGAAGACGAAGGAGAGAGGCGCAGUUGCUGCAAGAGGGAGGCAAGUGCGUUGGAAACCUUGGAGACGGCCAUCUUGGAAAGGACUUUGAUCAAGCUCGGAGGCCUCCUUGCCCUGGGCUUUGGCGAGGCGGGCGCCGAGAUCAUUGUGCACAACAUGCAGGGCGGCACCUCCGCGGAGCUGAACGCCAUGGUUCCAGGCCAAGAAGUCGAAGCGGUCUUCGGGUUCUGCAGCAUCCGCAACUUUGGAGACGCCACCGAAGUCCUGAAGGAGAAGGUGAUGGUCUUCGUGAACCAGGUGAGUGAAAUUGUGCAUGGUAUUUGUGACACCUACCAUGGCUCACCCAACAAGAUCAUUGGCGGCAACUCAUUUCUGGUUGUAUGGCGCAUGCGGGGGAAAGACCCAGAGGUGAGGACCAAGAUGGCUGACAUGGCACUGAUGUCCUUCGUAUGCAUCACCAUCGAAGUGCAGAAGUCCAACACGCUGGCAGUUUAUCGAUCACAUCCGGGAUUGCAGCAGCGAUUUCCCGACUUUCGGGUGACUCUUGGCUUUGGCUUGCAUUGCGGCUGGGCGAUCGAAGGGGCCAUAGGCAGCGAGUACAAGAUCGAUGCUUCCUACCUGUCACCGAAUGUGAACGUAGCGUCCCAGCUGGAAGCAGCUUCUGGACAACUAGGACUUUGGAUCCUGCUUACCAAUUACAUGGCGAGGCUUUGCAGCACUGGACUAUUAGCAUACCUUCGAAUGGUGGACCACGUCAUGCUGGAAGGCUCGAAGAAGACCCUGCGGCUGUACACCUUGGACUUGGACCACCGCCGGGUGUCGGUGAAGCCGAAGCUCCGCGGCCAGAAGCGGAAGGUGCAGAACCGCUACAAGGUGAGGCAGAUGAGGGAGGCGGUGAAGUCUGAGUUGUGGACCUCAGACUUCAACUUGUUGGACACCUUGUCCAAACAUUCCGACUUUGUGGUCAUGCGCGAGCCGUACUCCAAGGAGUUCUUCGACCGCUUUGCAGUUGGCGUCCGCAACUACGAAGCUGGGGAAUGGCUAGUGGCUCGAGACCUCUUCCUUACGUGUCACUACUGCGAGGAGCUUUGCAUGAGCAGCGACUCUCAGCCUGUCCAGCCAGAAGACGGGCCAGUUCAGGCUUUGUUGGAAUUCAUGAAAAAGCCCAGGCGGACUUUGCACCCGGAUCUCUGGCGUUUUCGAGUGGCUGGGGACACAGGCCUCGAGGCCGCCGCGCUGAAGGUGUGGAGGACGGCUGGCGCCGUGAAAGCCUCCCGCAAGGCGGCCACGGAAUAUUUCGCGGCAGCUUUUUGCACUCGGGCGGCCAAGAAGCCGCUUCUGGGAGGAGGCGGGCGCAAGGUGAAUUUGCAGAGGCUCGGGCAGGGUGAUGCUGCUGAGGAGGCAGCCCUGCGGGUGAUACGCGUCCGCACCAGCUGUAUCAGUGCCGCACACCCACAAAAACUGCGUCGGCACGUUGAGCCAUGCGCGCCUUUCUGGGAGCGCACGUCGGUGCAAGCUCGAAUGUUGAAUCUGCCUGCCUCCGUGCAAGCCUUGGCGCGAGCAGCGCACGAGCACUUGUUGCAGAGCAAUGCCAUUUAUGCAGACGGUUGCCGUCGGCAUGCGCGGUAUUUGCGUGGCAAUAGGGGCAGCGGUAACCUUGGCCCUUGGGCAGUGCUUGAGCGCGGCAUCGAAAGCCUCAUCUGGCCAGUCUUGUAUCACACGGAGGAGCUGUGCGAGAGCAUGGAUGCUCUCCGCACACACCACGCAUCCGCCAAGAGAGCCUUUGUGUACAAGUGCUAUUCCGGAGUGCUGGAUUAUCAGCACGACCUGGUGCUUGUAGCCUUUCAAUAUGACCGUGCCAUGCUGAGCCGUUUCAUGGGUCGGUCUCGCGCAGCGCCCCAGCUACAACUUCGCUGGGCACUGGCAGACUUGCCCCAGCUGCCUCUCCACAUGGAACUCCACAGGCUGAAAACUGCCGAUGGCGGGGCGCUGGAAAGCUUGAGCAUGUUGCACUGGGUGGAGGAGCUUGUGCGUGGGUUCUUCAUCGGCACCACGGCCGAGCUCCGUGGGCUUGGCACUUGGACGGUGGAGGAGGUGAUCGCUUGGUCGCUGACCACGACGCUGUCUCCAGAAGUAGCAACGUGGCUUCGUGAGCAGGAAGUUACCGGAAAGGUACUCCGAAGCUUAGACGAGGCUGAGCUGGUUGCCAUGGGUUUAGAGCCCUUCGCCCGGCGACGGCAGCUGCUGCUGUGCCGCGAAGAAGUUCUUGCGGCGGAGGCGGCCAAAGAGGAGAAGGCCAGCGACACCAGGAGGACGCGGCCGGUGCCCGAGCGCAGGUGCGAUGAGAAAGUCUCGCAGGACAUGAGGCUCGGUCUGAAGAGCGACAAGGAAAUGAAGGCGAUUCAACAUUCAAUCGCCUCAUUUUUGCCAACUCCAGCUCGAUCCCCCACGAAGUUGAGCAAAGUUGAGAGCGAGCGCAAAGGCGAGGGCGAGCGCCCAUUCAGUUCUCACAGCCCGGCGCCGCAAGUCAACAUGACCAGCGUUGCACGCCUUGCAUGCCUUCCGGUACCCAGGAGCCUUCCAGCCACAGCUCGGCCAUUGUCGUGUCACACAUGCCAGCCGUCAGGCCUCGGUCUGAGAGCACUUGCGGUGGUGCAGGCCACUUCCCGGAGCGUGCCUGGAGAGAGGUCCGUCAGCUGGCCAGCCUUGGCCCAGGCGCAGUCAUUUGCACCUGCAAGGGCCAAUCUCGUGCAGCCCAGCCCCGCUCCUCUGAGCUGGGCCCCUCGCGUCAUAAGCUGGGUCCCAGCAGUGCCGACGCCGAGGUUGCACAGCUUGGGGGAGGCCUUGCAACUGAAGGGGCUUUUCAGUGCCGCUCAGGAUAGUUCUUCGGCUCGCGCCGCUCGCGCCGCUCGCGCCCUUCUUCACCAUCGCUAUCCUCAUUACCCGCGCUACGUGACGAGCUCGCGCCGAGUGAUAGGCUAUUCGGUGACUGUGCGGCCUCGGCCAGUUCAGAACAUCUGA